CGGUUAUUACGGUACCAGCGGUGUCUCGCGCAGUGCCACGUUCUGACGCACACCUUUACUCUGGGCUUUACGGGAGCGCAUUUCGGCUUCGAUUCUGACCAUAAGGGCGCUUUCCCAGGAUUCUCCCCGGCCUCAGAGCGCUCCUCCCGGGCCGACCCCUCCAUAUUCACCCCGCUGCCUACAGGCCUUCUCCGAACAGUCGAUGUGUUUCCGAUGCCUCGAUGGCGCCCUCUGCUGGCUCCACACCUGCGUUGCACCAGCAUCACGUGCCAGAAUCUUCUUCUGUGUGGCCUCACCUUCUGCGUCCUGCUGCCUCUCUGCUGCCACCGCCUGCUCUACUCCUACUACUACAUCAAACCGCUGUUCCUGAACUCCAUGAGCGAAGCCGUGCUCAGACAGAGUCUACAGCGUGGACAGGAUGCGCUCACAUUCUGGAAAACCAAAGAAAACACCAAACUCUCUGAACUCUCCGAUCGGCCAGAUUUGUUAGUGACGAUUGUGACGUCUAGACGCAGUGAAGCACGAGAUUUUCAUUAUCUCCUGCAGGUAACAAGGACCCUGCACGACCUGUUGCGGAGCUGUGAGGGCAUCCGACGCUGUGCUGACGUUGUGAUCUGCGACGUACAACAUGGAGACCAGCAAAACGAAGACGCCAUUUUACUCCAAAACCAUUUCAACAUCGUCCGCCGCUCUUUUAAGGAGCGUGAGGCGGACCUGGACUUUGUGAACACAUUCGAAAGGGAAAAGCGCGAUUACGUGUUUUGUUUACGUAAAGGCUGGGAGCUAACACAUGCUAAAAACAUCGUCGUUUUGGAAGACGACGCUUUGCCAAAAUCUGAUUUUUUUCAUGUUGUUAAUAAUCUUCUUUCACGCAGUUUUAUUCAAGAUUCUCUUUAUGUUAAACUGUACCAUCCGGAGAGACUGCAGCGCUAUUUCAACCCUGAACCUUACCGUAUUUUGGAGUGGAUUGGGCUCGGUUCAGUGCUAGCUACAGCUCUACUCCUAGCGUUGCCUUUUUGUAAGCGCUUCCCUGUCAGCCCUUCCCUGUCUCACGCUAACCUGCUCUUCUAUACACUGUAUUUCAUGGCCUUUGCAGAGCUUUUCGGCCGUCACUACCUUCUCGAAUUGCGUCGUUUUUCACCGCAGCUUUACGCAGUUUCCCCAGCGACCGAAUGCUGCACGCCCGCCAUGUUGUUUCCCGGUAACUCGUCCCUGCGUGCGGCGGACAUUUUGGACGCAGCGUUCUGCUCCAAAGGGAACGCCAAAGACCUGGUUCUGUACCGGUCUGUGCGGGCGACAGGGGAGCGUGCCCACUGCCUUGAGCCCAAUCUCAUCACUCACAUAGGGGCGUUUUCCUCGGUUAGACCCAACCCCGCACGCCCAAGACUGUUGUGAUGCCGUUCACGCUGUGCCUUACGCAGAACCAAUAUAUCAGCCUUUUUUUAGGGUCCUAUAUUACGCAAAAUUGACUCAAGCCACGUUGUAAUGCUGUUCCUCCUCAAAAACAGACCUGAAGUUGUGUUUUGUUUCAUUCACACGUGAGUAACACUUUAUUAUUAGUCUGUCUACAUCUCCAAAGCUCAAAAUGCUCUGUUCCGCCUUGUGAUGUUAUGAAGUGGUAGUUUUAAAGUCAACAGCUCCUUUUACUUAUGGUAGAAUAGAGAUUGGCAAUUACAAGAUUCCUGAAAUGAUCCAAAUACAGGCUUUGUGUGAUAAACAUGUGUGUAUGAGAAAAAACACAACUCUAGGUCUGUUUUUGAUGAGGAAACAACAUUAGAACAGAUCAGCGAAUAGAGGAAUAUGCGCCCUUUGGGUAAUAUGGGCCCUUUAAAUAGCGCUUAGACAAACAGACUCUAAAGCAACGCCAGUAUGCCUCAUUUCCACUUCCAACAUUCUAUAGCAGUAACUUAUUUCUCACACAAUUUCUGGUUUGACAGAGUUUAAAUGUAGAAAUUCCGUUUGUGUAAAGUUAUGACGUCAGGGCCCGAGUGCUUGUGUCAGUGGCAGAAAGUGGAGACAGCUAUCGGCCUGAAAUCUCCAGCACUGGGUUCAACCAUAGACUGUAUACAUAAAUGGACAUAGCUAACCUGCUAGCCACUGCGUUCCAAACAGGAAGUGAUCAUUGGCGCACUUCCGGCUCCGUCGACUCCAAUUCACUUUCUGUGUAAAAACUGUGUCUCCUCUCUCUGUCUCUGCUGCCAUCAGACUCAACAUUUUGUUCUUAAAUGUUUGUAUUAACCCUCUACAUGAUCCUGGGGUUUUUAUUUCACUAUUGUGUCUGUAAAUCAAGAUAUGAACAUUAAUAACAGACAAAUCAGGCGCCUUCUUUCCCUGAGGUUGCUCCCACUAGCGUUAGCAACAGAUUUGGAAGGGGCGUUACCUUAAACAACCUCACUCUGGAUUGGCUCUUUGGUUGCUAUGAUAUGAUCAUGGUCGGAAUUCCAAAUAUGGAACUCCGCUUCAGGUUAGCCGCUAUAACUGCUCUAGCCUCGAUGAGCUUCAUUUGGAGCUGAACCCUGUGGUGACGUCACACUCACUCAGUCCACUUCUUUAUACAGUCUGUGGGUUAAACUUGCCUUUGACCCGUCCGUCUCUGGGUUGAACCUGUCCAGAACCAGGUCUUAGCUAGAAUCCUGGGCAGCAGUACCUAGUUGAAGGAGACAAAAUUGGAGACCCAUUCGUUGUGCGGCACAGUGGCGCAGAUUAACCCUGUCUCUGCUGUCGUGAAUCCCAUCUGCUGGAUCUGAGCUCAUCACUGCCCCCUGUUGGACUUUCCUGUGUCUUUGAAAUUGACCAAAAACAAAAACAUGAACGAAAUAAACUCUUCCUUUGAUUCUUGGGCCUUAAAAUUUUUAAGUGAACAUGAUCCUGAAUCCUGAGUCACGUCUGCCUCAUGUUUCAAAUACGAAACAUUUAUUUGUCUAAUAGAAUGAAAUAUGUGGAACGCGUCGUUAGCUUAGCAUAUAAUGUUAGCUAAGCAUACAACAUUAACUUAGCAUUCAACAUUAGCUUAGCAUAUGCGCAAAAGGAUGUCAGUAUGGCCAGAUAAUCAAGUUAAAUUCCUGAAAUUGUGGCCGAUGGUAUGAUUAAUAUGAUCAGAAUGAUUUUUUUUUAAAAUUAUUAUUCUUUUUUUUGCCUUGACAUUAUAAUUAACAGUAAUACACUCGACUUUAUGAUAGUCAGAGGUUCUAUUCUUCCUAAAUCAGCACUUUUAAUUUAUUUUAGUGAAUCCAAAGAUAACCCCGUGAAAUGUUCUUUGUAAUGUAACUCAGUAUUUGACCCAUAUCAUUUGAAUCACUGUUGCUGGUUUAAGACUUUGACUAAACGUUGAAAUGACACGAAAAGGGAUUCGGUUUCACAAUAAGAUGACUACUACACUCUGAGACUUUUAUUUUAAUUUCAAAAUAAAAUUCAUGUGGUGAAAGUUUGAAGUGCUGUCACUGUUUACACGCCUGAUACUUUUUUUAUCUUUAUACUGCUCAUUUUUUCUGUGUGUGCUGGAUUUUACUGCUGUGUGGAACCUUAACCUCUGCAAAAUAAAAGAAUCCAACGACUGAGU